AUGGAUUUCCAUACCUGGAUCGCCAAAAAUGGUGGCCGGAGGAAAGAGAUCGAAGCCGGCGAACUUUCGAGCGAAAUCGGGCUUUUCUUUUCGUUUUUCCGGCGAAAUCACGGUGGCUGGAGGCAGGGUCUAGCUGAGGUUGGAAGAGGACGGCGACCCAGUCAUUUUGGUACCGGCCCUGUCAACUUUGGUGGCCGGACGAGAGCACGGUCGGCCAAAACGUGGCCGGCUGUUACAGCCGUCGCGAGAGAGGAGAGAGAGAGAGAGAAAAAAAAAAAGAUUUAUCAAACCAUUUUUGCCAAAAUUACGGUUAUGCCAUUGAGGGUAUUUUGA